AUGGCGCGCUCCGUGGCAGGGCUCCUUGUCUUCUCCCUCCUGCAAACCAUCCUCUCUCUGAACCCCGAGGACCCCAACGUGUGCAGCCACUGGGAGAGCUACGCCGUGACUGUCCAAGAAUCAUACGCACACCCCUUUGACCAGAUCUACUACACACGAUGCACAGACAUCCUCAACUGGUUCAAGUGCACCAGGCACAGGAUCAGCUAUAAGACGGCGUAUCGGCGUGGCCUCCGGACCAUGUACCGGCGGAGGUCCCAGUGCUGCCCUGGCUACUACGAGAACGGAGACUUCUGCAUACCCCUGUGUACGGAGGAGUGCGUGCAUGGCCGCUGUGUGUCCCCCGACACCUGCCACUGUGAGCCUGGCUGGGGAGGACCCGACUGCUCCAGCGGCUGCGACAGCGACCACUGGGGCCCCCAUUGCAGCAACCGGUGCCAGUGCCAGAACGGCGCCCUGUGCAACCCCAUCACCGGCGCCUGCGUGUGUGCCGCCGGCUUCCGUGGCUGGCGCUGCGAGGAGCUCUGCCCGCCCGGCACCCACGGCAAGGGCUGCCAGCUGCCCUGCCAGUGCCAACACGGCGCCAGCUGUGACCCGCGCACAGGCGAGUGCCUCUGCGCUCCUGGCUACACCGGCGUCUACUGCGAGGAGCUGUGCCCACCUGGGAGCCACGGGGCUCACUGUGAGCUGCGCUGCCCCUGCCAGAAUGGGGGCACCUGCCACCACAUCACUGGCGAGUGUGCCUGCCCCCCAGGCUGGACGGGAGCAGUGUGUGCCCAGCCUUGCCCACCGGGGACGUUUGGCCAGAACUGCAGCCAGGACUGUCCUUGCCACCACGGAGGACAGUGUGACCACGUGACUGGGCAGUGCCACUGCACAGCGGGAUACAUGGGGGACAGGUGCCAAGAGGAAUGCCCCUUCGGGACCUUUGGCUUCCAGUGCUCACAGCACUGCGACUGUCACAACGGGGGCCAGUGCUCCCCCGCCACCGGCGCCUGCGAGUGUGAGCCUGGCUACAAAGGCCCGCGCUGCCAGGAGCGGCUGUGCCCCGAGGGCCUGCACGGCCCCGGCUGCACCUUGCCCUGCCCCUGUGAUGCUGAAAACACCAUCAGCUGCCACCCAGUAACUGGAGCUUGCACCUGCCAGCCUGGCUGGUCUGGCCACCACUGCAACGAGUCCUGCCCCGCUGGCUACUAUGGCGACGGCUGCCAGCUGCCUUGCGCCUGUCAGAAUGGUGCCGACUGCCACAGCAUCACUGGGAGCUGCACCUGUGCCCCAGGCUUCAUGGGAGAGGUCUGUGCAGUUCCCUGUGCAGCGGGGACCUACGGCCCCAACUGUUCAUCCGUUUGUGGCUGUAACAACGGUGGCACCUGCUCCCCAGUAGACGGCUCCUGUACCUGCAAGGAAGGGUGGCAGGGCCUGGACUGCAGCCUGCCCUGUCCCGGCGGGACCUGGGGCCUGAACUGCAACGAGAGCUGCGCCUGUGCCAACGGGGCGGCCUGCAGCCCCGCGGAUGGCUCCUGCUCCUGCACCCCCGGCUGGCUGGGCGACACCUGCGAGCUGCCCUGCCCGGAUGGCACAUUUGGGCCGAACUGCAGUGAGCGCUGUGACUGCAGCCACGCCGAUGGCUGCGAUCCCGCGACAGGCCACUGCUGCUGCCUGGCAGGGUGGACAGGCAUCCGCUGUGACAGCACGUGUCCACCUGGUCGCUGGGGCCCCAACUGCUCCGUCUCCUGCAGCUGCGAGAACGGCGGCUCCUGCUCCCCGGAGGAUGGGAGCUGCGAGUGUGCCCCUGGCUUCCGAGGACCCUUAUGCCAGAGAAUCUGCCCCCCUGGGUUCUAUGGCCACAGCUGCGCCCAGCCGUGCCCCCUCUGCGUGCACAGCAGCGGGCCCUGCCACCACGUCAGCGGCGUCUGUGAGUGCCUCCCCGGAUUCUCCGGAGCCCUCUGCAACCAAGUGUGUGCUGGAGGGCGCUUUGGGCAGGACUGUGCCCAGUUCUGCUCCUGUGCCAACAAUGGGACCUGCAGCCCCAUUGAUGGCUCCUGCCAGUGCUUCCCUGGAUGGAUUGGCAAGGACUGCUCACAGGCUUGCCCACCUGGGUUCUGGGGCCCUGCCUGCUUCCACACAUGCAGUUGCCACAACGGGGCACGCUGCAGCUCGGAGGACGGGGCCUGCCACUGCACCCCAGGCUGGACUGGACUCUUCUGCACGCAGCGCUGCCCGGCAGCAUUUUAUGGGAAGGACUGUGGGCGCGUGUGCCAGUGUCAGAACGGUGCCAGCUGUGACCACAUCAGCGGCAAGUGCACCUGCCGCACAGGCUUCACCGGGAAACACUGCGAGCAGAGAUGUGCCCCAGGAACCUUUGGCUAUGGCUGUCAGCAGCUAUGUGAGUGCAUGAACAAUGCCACCUGUGACCACGUCACUGGCACCUGUUAUUGCAGCUCUGGAUUCAAAGGAAUCAGGUGUGACCAAGCCGCCCUCAUGAUGGAGGAGCUGAAUCCCUACACCAAGAUCAGCCCGGCGCUCGGUGCAGAGCGGCACUCGGUGGGUGCUGUCACAGGCAUCGUCCUCCUGUUGUUCCUCAUUGUGAUGCUGCUGGGCCUGUUCGCCUGGCGCCGCCGCCGGCAGAAAGAAAAGGGCCGCGAGCUGGCUCCCCGCGUCUCCUACACACCUGCCAUGAGGAUGACCAGCACGGACUACUCCCUCUCAGGUGCUUGUGGAAUGGAUAGACGUCAAAACACAUACAUUAUGGACAAAGGCUUCAAAGAUUACAUGAAAGAAUCCGCGUGCAGUUCUAGCACUUGUUCCUUGAACAGCAGUGAAAACCCUUAUGCCACAAUUAAGGACCCACCCAUCCUCACCUGCAAGCUUCCAGAAAGCAGCUAUGUAGAAAUGAAGUCGCCUGUGCACAGGGGGUCUCCGUACACAGAUGUGCCAUCCUUGUCGACAUCUAAUAAAAAUAUAUAUGAAGUUGAGCCCACAAUCAGUGUGGUCCAAGAAGGCCGUGGUCCCAACUCCAGCUAUAUCCAGAAUCCAUACGACCUACCUAGGAACAGCCAUAUUCCUGGUCAUUAUGACCUCCUCCCAGAAAGACAGAGCCCUGCCAAUGAGCCCUCCCAGGACAAGCAGUCUUAA